AUGCUUUCCAAGAAUAGAAAUCAUACAAAGAGACAAGGCUCAACCAGACUUGCUGCUAUCAGAGUUUAAAACAUCGACGACUCUCUUGAGUGGUUCGGCAACUACACUCCUGAUGGAGAAACUCCAAUUAUACUUAUGCCAUCAAGAUCAUCUUGUGCUCCUUAUAUCUAUGUCCCUGAAGGUACAUAUGCUGUUAUUACUAAGCACGGAGAGUUCCUUGAAAUCAAGAAAGAAGGUGGUGUCUAUUUCUGCAUGCCCUAUGUAUAUCUUAAAUCACAUUAAUCUUCAUUCGCUUAGACCUAAAUUCAAUACUUGGUAACGCAAUAAAACGUAGUCUUCGACAUGGAGGUUAAAUCUUGCCCAACUUAUGACAAUAUUUUCAUCUAUAUCGAUGUAGCUGCUGUUUUUAAAUGCAAAGAUGAUGAUGCAUCAAUUGAAAGAUUUGUCUACAAUAUCAGUAUCAACCAACUUAACAAGUAGAUUAAGGCUGCCAUUACUGAGCGUAUUAGGGUUCUUGCCAGAGGAAAGACACAUCUCGAGGUCUAUCAAAUCAAGGGUAAAGAGCAUACUUCAGAGAUUAUUGAAUUCUUGAAUAAGAUGUUCCAUAAUAAAGGACUAGAGUUUACCAGAAUCAUUGUUCAAAAUGUUAAGCUUCCAUAGGAAAUCGCUCAGCCAUUAGAUCAAAAAGCCUAAUAUGGUUCAAUGAAUGACUUUGAAAGAACUAGACAUGAAUACGACAUGAGAGUUCUAAAUGAUAAUAAGGAGUUAGAAAUUAUCAAGCAAACUAGACAACAACAAAGACUACAGUUUAAUGAAGAUUUCAACAGACAACUAGCUUUAGUUGAAAGAGAACUUAAAGUUAUCUAGGCUGAGGGUCAGAAAAUGGUCAGUGAAAUCAAAGAGAAAACCAAGGCAGAAGAAAAAAGAAUUCAAGCUGAGUCAGAACUUAAAGCAGCUGAAAUAAGAGCUGAUAAUCAAAUUCUUCAAGCUAAAUUGCUUGCUCAAGGAUUGGCUGAGGCUCAAACAACAUAAGUUUCAGCUGAAAACUAAUCGAAACUAAUCCUGGCUGAACAAGAAAGCAAAGUAGCUGAGAAGAAUUCAGAUGCUAUCAAGAUUGAAGGUCAAGCAGAGGGAGAGCUUUCAAAGGUGUUAGGUUUAAGAAGACUUUAUGAAUAUCUCAAUAAGAAAUUAGACAUCGUUAAACAGAUGGGAUAAAAUCCAAACCUAAAGAUAUUUGGAAACUCAGACGACUCAUCACUAUCCCAAAUGGCAGCUUAUGGCAUCAUCAAUAGAAACAAUCUUUAACAAUGA